UAAAAAAAAAAAAAAAAGAAGAAGAAAAAAGAAAAAAAGAGGGCGAGUCAUGGAGCAACCACACCAAAAGAAGGUCCCUCAUGUAUUGAUAUUCCCCCUCCCUGCCCAAGGUCACAUAAACUCCAUGCUCAAGUUAGCACAGCUCCUGUGUCUAGCUGAAUUCCAUGUCACCUUCCUCAACUCUCAUCACAAUCACGACCGUCUACUCAAAUGUACGGAUCUCGGGUCCGAGGUGGCCCACUGGCCUGGGUUCCGGUUCGCGACAAUAUCCGAUGGGCUCCCACCGGAACACCCACGGUCCGCUGACUUCUUGAUAGACUGCAUCGACUCGCUUAAGGCCAACACAAAGCCGUUGUUUAGAGAGAUGCUGAUAUCUUAUUGUCGAUCAGACGAUCCAAUUACUUGUAUUAUUGCUGAUGGGAUCAUGACAUUCACGAUCGACGUCGCUGAUGAACUUGCGAUUCCGAUCAUCGCGUUUCGUACCAUCAGUGCUUGCAGCUUCUGGUCUUAUUUUUGUAUACCUAAACUGAUACAAGCGGGCGAGCUUCCAUUCAAAGACGAUGCUGACAUGGAACACGCGAUCACGUGCGUGCCGGGAAUGGAAAACGUCCUCCGACGCUGCGACCUACCGAGUUUCUGCCGAGCCAAGCAACUCACCGAUCCGUUUCUCCAAAUCGUCCAGUCCGAAACACUCAACUCGGUUCGCGCUUCGGCCCUCAUCCUUAACACCUUCGAAGACCUCGAGGGCCCCACCCUCUCUCAAAUCCGGGCCCACUUCCCCACCACAUACACAAUCGGGCCCCUCCACUCCCUCCUCAAAACCCGACUCACCGAUUCAACUGAGUCAACCCACAAAGAUUCCUCCUCCUCCAGCCUCUGGAAAGAAGACAGAACCUGCAUAACGUGGCUCGACUCACAACCAUCCGACUCAGUCCUUUACGUUAGCUUUGGCAGUUUUGCAGUGGUGACUCGGUUCGAGUUGCUAGAGUUCUGGCACGGUCUGGUCAACAGCCAGACCCGAUUCCUGUGGGUCAUACGUCCGGAUCUGGUUAACGGAAAAGGAGACAUGGGUCACAUCCCAAGCGAGUUACUGGAAGCGACCAAUGAGAGGGGAUGCCUUGUUGAGUGGGCCCCACAGCAGGAGGUUCUGACCCACCACGCUGUUGGCGGGUUUCUGACUCACAGCGGGUGGAACUCGACGCUGGAGAGCGUGUUUGCAGGUGUGCCGAUGAUAUGCUGGCCCUUCUUUGCGGAUCAGCAGAUAAAUAGCCGGUUCGUCGGGCAUGUAUGGAGGGUUGGUUUGGACAUGAAGGAUAGGUGCGAUAGACGGACGGUUGAGAUGUUGGUGAGAGAGAUGAUGUAUGAAAAUGUGGAGCUGAGGAAAAGAGCGGCUAAGAUGGCGGAUUUGGCGAAAAAGUGUGUUAGUCGUGGUGGGUCAUCUUAUAUGAAUAUGGAGAGAUUGAUUGAGGACAUUAGAGGUAUGAGCUUAUAAUGAGCUCUUUUUAUUCUUAGUGGGCCCAUUGCUAUGAUAAUACAGAUCGUUGGUUUGUUGAA